CCAGUUAAUUUUGUCUGAAUUGUUUUCAUUUUGUGACUUUCGUAGUGCAUUUAAAUAUUCCGGGAAUUAAAGUGAGGAUUGUGAUAUUACUUGGUUUAUGUAACUGAUAUAUAUAUAUAUAGGGAGUACAAGUACUUUCACAAGGUAAACAGACAUCGUAUCUCCGCUUUCAGUUUCACUUCAACCGAAAAAUGGAGGAAGAAAUGGAAAUAGAAACUACAACCUGCGCCGACAAUGAAACUAUUUCUACAAGAAGACGAAAUCCAUUUGGUACAGCCACGUUGAGAUCACAAGAAGCGAGUCACAACCAUCAAAUGAACAUCAAACGAUCAGCUCUUGAGAUUUUGAUGCAUAGUGGCAGUCAACAAAACAGCCUUCCAUCGUUGGGUUCAUUUGAAAGCAUGAAUGAUGAAGAUCUUAUAAUUCCCCGAAGCAGACAUGAUUGCUGGAUAUGCCACCAACCAAGUGACACCAUACCAUGCUCCUUCUGUGAACACCAAUCAUGUGAACUGUGUGUUCGUCAGUGUGAACGCUGCUGCGGAGUCUUCUGUAGUUUUUGUUCUACUGUCAACUACACCGGUAAACAUGAUAAACCUUUCUGUCUUGGCUGCAAUACUGAAGUCAAUAAAACCAAGCAUCUACAUUGAGUCAGGAGUCAUCAUGAACGACCAGUUUAGAUUCUGACAUAACCAGGGUAUUUUUUUAUCAAACGAAAGAGAAUCCAUUGAUACGGCUUGUUGUGAAUUCAAUUCCUUCUAAAGGGCCAUUAGUAAAUUUGUUUUUUUGUUUUUUAAUUCAUGAGCCAAGAUUAUCUACACAUGGGGUCAAAUUAUAAAUUGUACAUAGAUAGGAACAGACAUGUGAAAAAUGAAUUUAUGUUCAAAUAAAAAAAUGAUUUCCAGAUAUCUGAAUAUAUUCAUCGUAAACAUGUGCCUUGAAAAAUUACUGUGUACUCAUUUAGUGCAUGAUAAAUAUACCAACAAGUGCAGCAUAUGGCCCUUUAAAACCUAUUAAGUUGCUUUUUUCUACAUCAAAGUAUGAGUACAUUUGAAACUUUUUUUGUACUGAUAUAUACAAUAUUUAUUUUUCACAGUAUUAAAAACUUGAUUUGAAUAUUUUUUAUAAUAUUAAAUUUUCAUGAAAUAUUUGUAAUUUUGCAUACAUUGAUGGAAAUACAUUAGGUGAGCAUCAAAAGUGUAGAAUGUUGUUGCGAUAUCUUUUUGUUGUUGUUCGCACUGUUCAUUAUUCACACUUUGGAGAUUGUCAGAACUGCCACCAAUUCAAGAAUACUAGUAAGCUGAUUAAAUAGCCAUGUUUUUAAACAAAUUGGUUUUGUUCGAGUAAGAAUUAACUUUUUAAUACAAAUGUGUAGUAAUUGUUUGUGUAAUUGCUGUUUCUAUGUAUUUAAUAUUGUCUUGUUAUUUAAAUUAAUGCAUAUUUAAUGGUUACAGCUGUUUGUACUCAUGCAGGUUAUUUAUGUUAUCAGUUUUAAGAAUAUAAUAAAAUGGUGCAUUUUAUU